GAGACCUCAGAACAUAGAGUCCUGACCAACGCGACAAGUCAAUAUGGAGAGUGCGAUCCCCGGAAGUCCAUCGCGGCACAGAUUCCGGCCGUGGCUUGCUCCUGUGCGCGUCCCAUGAAGCCGGUGGAUUUGUCCUAUGGCUGCUCGAGGGUGUGCGGAAAGAGGACGGCCGGGGAGCAUGCCGGCAAUGCCUUCAUGAAAGGCGUGGCGGGCACCGCCACAACGCCAGAGAUUGGCACCGGGAUCAUCAAGUCCCUGUUCUACUUGGGCCUGCAUGCCACGGGAGUUCUGCCGGAUUGGGACAAGCUGCAGGUCUGUGCAAGCACCUAUGACUUCAUCCACUCGAAGUGCCCUCAUCGGAAGCAGAAGGGGUGUGUGUGGAGGGACCAGUUUGCCGCCACGAGCCAUCGGUGCAUCAACCUCUGGGAGAGCCUUGGUCGGAACAACGGGGAGUACGUCUGCCACGUGGUGGACUGGUGGGAUGCCUGCUGCUCAGACCGAGAGCCCCUACCCCCUGAGGAGCUGGACUGUGCAGGCUGUGGCCAGGACAUGUACUUCUGCCAGUGCAGCGCCAUCGGCGACGGCCUCCGGCCCACGCACCUCUAG